AGCAGAUCUUGUUAUGCCUCCCACGGUCCCGUCGACGCGAAGGUCAUUUAUUAUUGGGGUAGGAUGCACGGCGUUCAUCAAGCCGCGGGGUCUGAGGACCACUGAGGACAUGGGCUUAGAGGCGACGACGAAGGCACUCCUUGACGCAGGCAUUACGUACGAUGCCAUCGAAACAGCAUUUGUUGGGUAUUGCUAUGGUGAUUCAACAUCCGGUCAGCGAGCAUUAUACAAUCUGGGCAUGACUGGAAUCCCAAUAACCAAUGUCAACAACAACUGUUCCACCGGAAGCACCGCUUUAUAUCAUGCCAACAACAUGGUGAAGUCUGGAAUGAUCCAGUGUGGGCUCGCACUUGGAUUUGAGAGGAUGGCCCCUGGCAGCCUAGCUACCAAUUUCAAAGACAGGACACCGCCUGUUGCAACAUUUGACGAGGCAACGAAGGACGCGGAGGCAUCACUGAGUAGUGGUUCCAACUUCGGGCCAGGCGCUCCUAGGAUGUUUGCCAACGCCGCACAGGAAUAUUUUGAUAAGUAUGGUGCGAAAAUUGAACAUCUCGCGAAGAUUGCUGCAAAGAACCACAAGCAUUCCAUCAACAACCCAUAUUCACAAUUCCGUGAUGGUUGGACAGCCGAACAGGUGCUAGCCGCGCCGAAGAUAAAUAAGCAGUUGACAAAAUAUAUGUGCAGUCCCACUUCAGACGGUGCGGCUUGUGCCAUAGUCGCAUCCGAAAACUUUGUGCGCGCUCAUGGUCUCGAGAACCAAGCCAUCGAAAUUGUCUCCCAGGCACUGUGCACUGAUCAACCUGGAACUUUCGAGUCAAAACGUGCCAUUGAGGUCGUAGGAUUUGGCAUGACUAAGAACUGUGCUGAUCAGGUCUUCAAUGCGGCCGGUUUCAACGAAGGAGAUGGAAGAGAUGAAGUCGGUGUGAUCGAACUCCAUGAUUGUUUCUCCGCGAACGAGCUGAUUACAUAUGAUGCGCUGGGGCUGUGUCCUCCAGGUGAAGCCGCCAAAAUAGUGGAACGGGGUGAUAACACUUAUGGCGGUAAGUUUGUGAUCAACCCAAGCGGCGGAUUGGAGGCGAAAGGUCAUCCGUUGGGUGCCACGGGGAUAGGCAUGCACUUCUAUGUUGUUAUGCAACUGCGGGAUUGGGCCGGUCCGAUGCAGGCGCCUGGACUGUUUGACGGCACUGACAAGCGGGGAAAGUACGGUCUUGUACACAAUAUAGGCAUUGGCGGUGCGGUAGUAUGCAGCCUCCUGCGCCGCCCCGAGUUCUUCCAAGCGGGAGGAGAAGAUGGUAGAGCACGAGUUGGCUACAAUCAUGCCCACGAGUGUCGACCUAUCACCAUAGCAGACGUCGACAAGGUCAAAUCGGAGAAGAACUCUCCUUAUAUCCUGCAACGGGCCCGACUCUGAUCUGAACCCGCCCGUAGCUGCUCGGUGUAGUGUAUUUGUAUUCAGAUGUACGAAUAUGUAUAUCUGUCCUGCU